AUGAUGAUGAUAAUGAUGAUGAUAAUGAUGAUGAUGAUGAUAAUGAUGAUGAUGAUGAUGACGACGAUGAUGAUGAUCGAACGACAUUCGAGCGGACGUGAACUAGCGCCUUUCCCCAGUUCGCGGGAUAAAGUCAGCUUCCGCAAAACGAUGUACUGUCUCGCGAUCGUACGUAUCGAAUGCGAUACGGCCAGACUUAUUCUAAAUCAAAAAUGAGAACAAACGAGAAAAGAGACGAAACAAUCGGUCGAAUCUUUAGACGAACCGUUUCACUUCUGACGUUUCGACGUUUGCGUUUACCGAUCGGUUGGUCGGACGGUUUCUGCGCACAAAUGUUUAGUCAAUCUUCCAUCUGAAUUGCGUUCAUUUCGAGGACGAGAAACGUUCCGCGAGUUUUUCGAGCGGUGUUGUCCACGGGGGAGGAUCGGGUUGCCAUAAUCGGAACACGGUGACAAAAAUAAUUCCACGAGUCCAGCCCGCCCGAUUUGCGAUCACGGAUCUAAUACUUCGACUCUGUCGUUUGAUCGCGAUGCUUCUACGGAUCAUGUGACGGCAACCAUAAUCUAAGCUGGUGAAACUUUUCUAGGCGGUUUAAGAAAAGUAAAGUAUUGCCGUAGGAGAAGCUUAAUUGCUAAUGUAGUAUGUUUCGUUCGAGAAUUGUUUCUUAAUGUUCAUUUAAUAAAACUCUUUGAUUAAAGAAUUGGCUAAAAAAAAAGAAAUUUGGCUUGAAAAAAGAAUUGGCUACGCUUUGAUUAAAAAUUCGUCGAACUCGAUUCAGUCUUAUUAUGUAAACUUCGUAAGUUCUUCGACGAGUUCUCUUGUUAUAGAAAAUGGUGGUCAGAUACAUCCGGUAAUCCCUUAAGCAACCAGCAUUUGACGAAAGUAUUAAAUAUACAUAUUUAAAUAAACAUAAUUUUAACAAAUAUCUUAUAGAGGUAAUAAGAAAUAUUGUUUUCUAUAAUAAUCGUUUCGUUCAUUUCAUGUGAAAUUGUGUGUAUAAAUUAAUAUAAAGUGUCUACGGGUUUCUACGAUAUUAUUGUUAUUACAAUUACUAUUAUAAUUAUUUGAAAAUGUAUAAUGCAAAUGUAGCCAAUUACAAAAGUACGUCAGACAAGUUUUGUAUGUCCGAGGCACAAAAUGCCGUUCGUGGAUAGUAAUUCAUUCAUAAAAUGGAAGAUAUCCAUUUUCUUAAAAUUAGGCAACGUUUGGAUAAUUAUUAUAUCUUCUUUCUGAUCAGAAGAAAGCAUGAAUGAAAGGAAAACAGGAACAACGAACGAUAAUCUAGAAAACAGUUAACAUGCACUUGUUACUACGAUUAUCAUGAUAGACAUAAUAACCAGUUCUUUCGACAGCAAUAUUUAUUUAAAGGUUAUUAUUUACAGUUUCUCUUUACACGAAAGUAUGCACACGUAUUUAAAAAAAUAUAUAUAUAACUGCGGAUGUUUCUGCAAGAUACAAAUUUUUUUACUUCAAUCGCAACAAACUGAAGAAAAAUAGAAGUAUACUUCCUUCCAUAACGUGUUCAAUAACUUGAAAAUAACGUACCAAUAUAUCUAAAUUUGAACAGAACUUUUUCCAAUGUUCUCGCUGCUUCUUUUUCCUAUUAAAUUUUCUCAGAAGCUCACAGAUAACGUCAUUGUUUUUACAAAUUUAGGAAAAUCGUAUUACAGACACAUAUUUCAAGAACACGGGACAUUUUUUAACAUUUAUUAAGGACAAGAAAGUGUUGAUCAACUGUGAAAGAAAACGUAGCGCAAAUUAAACGAAUGUUUCUCCAACGAGGGUGCUACGUUCCUUGUUUCCGUAUUGCUGUCCACACGAAAGUUGUAACCUCGACUGUUUCAAUGUUCGAAUACCCGUUGUGUCUGACUAUCUCCCAGCAAAGUCGAAUCGGUAGAACGAAAUCGCAACAAGUCGAGAGAGUCGAAGUAAGUCUGAUCGAUUCUGCUCGCAGCGUUCCUAGAGCAGCGAGCAAAAAAGCUCCGGUGAAAGCAUGGCGACAUCAACGAAAGGCAAGAACCCGGAGCAGGCAUGGGCAGAGAUUGUCCUGUGGAACAGAGCCCUCGUCGAUCACAGAGAGGGAUCAAGAUAGACAGUCCUCUAUCUCUUUCUCUGGCAUCGAAAUGCCUUGAAACGCUGACCGAUCGGAACACCGUGGCUCAAAAUGCUCCCAACUGCUCUAUAGUGCUCGAUGCCCAUGCCUGAUCGAAGGGGAUGCUCGGCCGCGGAUGUCGGUUAAUUUCGUUGAGAUGUUGUUAUGCUGGGGUAAAGAAGGUGGCAAAGGUGACGAGAGAAGCCUGGACAGCACUGUCUCGAACGACACCGUUUUCUAUUUUGUAAUUACUCGGAGAACGACGGAGCUCUGUGCUGACAUGGAAAAAAGAAAACACUAAAUACGAGUUAGAGGAUAAAAAUAAUUCAAUGUUACCUGACAAAUUUGAUAUCGUUAUUGUAUUUUUCAAGACGGAUUGGUUCUUGUUUCUUGUAACUUAUAGAGGAUAAUACAUUUAGAAAACUGACUCUGUUCCGUGAACAUUCUACAAAGCUAUACCGCACAAAAUAAAAUUUAUUCGAGUACAUAAGGGAAACGUUAUAAAUGACCGGCAUUUUUUGCAUGUGUUAUUCAAAGAGUAACACAGAAACACUUGGUGUACAUUUUAAAUAGUAGUGCAGUUGUAAAUGAGUGUUUUAUGUGUAAACUAAACGACGGCGAACCAAAAAGCAAGCGCUAUUAUAAAUAGGAAGAUGUUGCGACGUUAACGGCGGAGAAAAGCGAGUGAUGAGAGAGAGAGAGAGAGAGAGAGAGAGAGAGAGAGAGAGAGAAGCGUUGCAUAAAUUCUAUCGUAUUGUAAGACAUAUUCUAAUAACACGUGCCAAAUAAUGCUUUAAGGUGUCACUGAAUUAGGAAAGUAACCGUAAUAAGUGUGUCCUUUCAAAUGUUCACUCUGUCACGUUAGAUUAAAAUAGAUUAAAGUGUUAAUGAGCAGGGUUUCAAGACAAUUCAAAAGAAACGUAACAAUACUACUGCCUAAAUUAAGAGGACAAACGUGUAGAGAGUAUCGAUUUCUAAUCAGUUGCUUCAUACGGAUCACAAAUUCGAGGGAACGCGUCGAUUGUCAUACGAUCAAUUUUUUCCAAGAAAAUCAACUUGUAAACGGAUAACACGAGAUUGCGAGGUACGGACUCCGACGAACACAUUUUCCGGCGAUGUUACAUCGAUCCACCUGAUUCGAUUCAGUGUCGAUCGAGUGGCGAUCCUCCGCGGAGGCUUCGGAGAAGCAUAGCGAAAUGUCUAAUUGAAUUUUCAUGAAUUCCAUUUAUUUUUUAUAACGUCCUACUCAGACCGUGGAAUCCUCGAUGAAAAACUCGGUUCACUUUUAGCAGAGGCAUUCGCGAAACGAAUGAAACAUCACCACAAGAAAGGCUGACCGUAGCUGAACAGAAAUAUCUCGUCUAAUUAUAAUAUGAAUGUUUAUUUGCCACUUGUUACACGAUAUGUAUACACGCGUUACGGUAUUAAUCAAAUACACUUAUUCGUAUUCGACUCUAAGAUUCAAUGAUCUCCGACGACUGUACCGACUUCAACCGUCUCUAUUAGAAUACCAAUAAAAAGUGCAUCACUCAUUUUUGGAAUACGAAUUGCAACACCCUUGAAAUUCCCACGGUGUCACGUAUCGAGGCAUCGGUGAGACACAAUCUCUCUUUUAUUCUUUCGUUCUUCACAUUUACAGGUUUCACACGCGAAACUGAUCGCUUUUUCUAGGUCGUGCUUACCAUUUUUGACCAACGAAUUCAUCGUUUUAUCGAUCGUAUUUACAUUCGCACGCCAAAUUAAUCUACCUCUGUAGAUCGCAUUCAUCAUUUUGCAAAUCAAAUUCUUGUCAAAUACAAGAAUUGAAGGAUAUUUUAUAAACAAUUGCCGAAGAUCAACGAAGAUUAUAAUUUAAAGAUUGUACACGGCAUUCUAUGAACAAUUAUCGAAAAUUAAUGAAGAUUAAAUUUAAAAAUGAUGUUGCAUUCUAUGAACAAUUAUCGAAGAUCAACGAUGGAUAAAGUUUAAAAAUUGAAGGACAUUUUAUAAAUAAUUACUGAAGAUUAAAUUUAAAAACUGAAUGACAUUUUAUAAAUACUCAUUGAAGGUUAGUGAAGAUUAAUUACUUGUAAUGAAAUUUGCAUUAUUUCAUAAAUGACUAUAUAUAUAAAUACAUAUUCAAUCUAAGAAUUGAAUGAGAAACAAUCGUCGAUCUUUUAGUAAUCAUGUUACGAAAAACAUAAAAUUGAUUUGCGAAGAGAUGAGUGGGCUGUGUAAAAGGGUUAAUUUGAUUCUCGAAGGUUACAAAUGUGAUCUGCAAAAGGAUUAAUUUGAAGUGCACAGAAAUGAAUAUAUGAUCUACAAAAGGAUUAAUCUGAAUUACACAAGAAUGAAUGUGACCUAUAAAAGGAUCAAUUUAGAGUGCAAAAAAAUGAACGUGAUCUACGAAGGAAUCAAUUUAGAGUGCACAGAGGUGAAUAUGGUCGACAAAAGAAUCAAUUUGGAGUGCAAAACCUGUACUAGAAUUGUUAUACAUAAUUUAUGAGUGUACCAUAAUCGUUUUUAAGAAAACAGUAUGAAUUAGGUGUACCAAUUGCGACUAACUGUCGACUAACUUCAUUUGAUUUCACUAAUCGCGACUCCUUCAUCUACGAUAAAUUCUCUCCAAUUGUCCCUCGACUUGUAAACAAAAAUGGGCAAUUUGGGAAGAGGAUAUACGAUUCCCAAAUUGUCCAUUUUUGUUUACAAGCCGAGUGACAAUUGGAGAGAAUUUACUGUAUUUCGUCUUUGUCUUUCAUGCAAUUUUCAAGCAUAUCUCACUUGUGUUUAUUACUUUCAUUCCGCAUCGUCUCAGUUCCAACUCACUAUUUGGGAAAGUUUUUGAUUUUCUUGGACAGAAGCACAUACAUACGGCUCUGUGAAAAAGAAGAUUAUGUACUGCACGCAUAAGAAGAGCUCGUUAAACUAAACUGAAACGUUCGUUUCCACGAAACUUUUGAAAGUACACAUUUAUUAUCGAGGAGGACGAUUAAUUUCCCAGCAGCCACGACAACCGUCAAGCACCGUACGCAGAAAUUGGUCGAAUCUCGUAUUCAAUACGUUUCCAAUGGUUACUUUGUUUGCCCAGUACAGUUGCGUGUAAUGUGUAUAUUUGUAAAUACUCGCGUAAAAUGUUCAAUUUGCAGAGUGCUGCCUGUUCUUCUCGCAAAACUGCGUGAACGCGCGAGGUGCGGCGGAGAAUGCGAGCGUUCGACAGGCUAAGAUCGAAUCGAAGGUUUGUAGAAACGUCUGGCCACUCCCGGAUCGUGUACGAUCACCUAAACAUCCCCAUCAUCGACGUAAUUAAGGGGAUUGAAUGUUAUUUGAGCUCGUUGACAAAGAUCUUUAAUCCUUUCAUUUUGCCGAGUCGCUUAAAAUUUGUAACUUUUUGGUCCAUUCGAUAAGAACAAAUGAAAAUCAAUCCAAAUACGAAUCGAGAGAAUAUUGUGAACAAUGAAUUUCAGCAAAAUCUUAUCGUUGUCUCUUAAAACUGGAUUGCGGAUCUUUUUACAAAAUAUACAUUUUCUACUAUUUCCUGUCACUUGUAUGAAACAAGAAUUAAUUAAUUUUUCUUUUGAUAAUUCGAAUGAGUUGGAAAUAAUGUGAGAAUGUUCUUAAAUUCUUCUAAUACCUCCACAGAUUUUUAUUGCAUCCAUUCAUAUUUGUUCUAAAUACAUAAAAUCCGCGGUCUAUUUAUAAAUAAUGUCACAAUCGUAUUUAAAUCUUGUAUAUAUGUACCUCGAAAAAAAUGAAAUUUCAAAAAUAUGUUUCUCUCGAAAGAUUUUCGUUAGAUAAUAAUUUUCGAUAAAGGUCAUUUCUUAAAGCGCAUGAUUUCUAACUAAUGCACGCAAAGUAAUCGAUUUCUGAUGAAUCACAUGUAAACUCCAGAAUAUUAAUGACAAUUUUUAUUUACAAUUGCUUAAUAAACAGUAUCUGCAUGCAUUUCUUAUAAACACAGUUAUAAUGAAUUUUUUAUACCAUAUUUAUUCUGUUUUACCCCGUUGAAUACGCGUCUGCAGAUUGUCGAGGAGAAUCAGUAUCACUCUGGGUAUAUUCGGUGUUUCAUAGUAUGUUGGAACCGUUUGAGCAAUAAACAAAGCACAACAUAAAAUAACGUUAAAAUUUGUUGACGUAUAUACCCGGUUUGAUCUUGUUCACGAACCUAAAUCGCUUUCAUACUAACAUCACAAAGAAAAGAUCACAACAGAAUGGUACAGCAUUGAUAUAUUUGUUGCAGAAAGAUUACUGAAAUGUUUCACACUCAGAACAGACUUUUUGAAACUACAGCGUGAAAAAAGGGAGAAGUAAAUAGUCGAAAAGAAAAUCCUAUUGAAAAAUAAAUUCAUAUAAUUUAAAGGAAAUGCACAAGUGUAGCAUAUGCUGAAGUAUAACACCGUAGAUUUUUUUGUAGAUAUUCUUACAUUAAACGCAGAAAAUGUACACUUUGCAUAUCUUGCACAUUACAUGCCUUUUCCAGUAUAAGUGCACCAAAUUUCAACAUGCAAAAAGUUUCUACAUGUAAGAAAAAUUUUGACGGACAUACUGUAGAAAAUAUGAAGGAUAAUACAACAAGUACAAAAUUUGUCAUUUUAUUAUGAAAACACGACAUAAAGUAUUGUAUUUAUUUUUCAUUGCAUCUUCUUUUUAAGUAACAUAUAAAAUAGUUCAUUGUUUUAUUCAAUGCAUCGCAUUCGAUUUAGAGAACUAUCUAAUUUAAAGAUGAUGAUGUUAAGAAAUGAUUAUUAACGUACGUUUUCUACCUUCAAAUAUACAAAAUAUGUAAAUACUUGAAGGUGCUCUAAGAUGAUAAAGAAUUCAUUGCAAGAAUAUCCAAAUUGCACAUUAAUUAUGUAGCAUAUCUGUAACGUAAACGAGCAGAGAUUUUGUCACAGAAAAAUUACUAAUUUGAAAGAUUGUUCUUGUAAUUUAAAAAUUUAUGAAAUAUAAAAAUGAAAAAUUCAUUCAUUUAUUUAUGAAACUAUAAACUUUUGGUAAUUUAAAGAUUUCUGAGACAGUAAAUGGCCGCAUCUUGGGAACAAAAUCAAAUAGGGCAUUAUAUUCGUAUGAACUCUUUUGUUCGUUGUUCUUGUGACUUAGUUCACUGCUAGAUUGGAUCUCAAAUGGUAUGAAAUACCUCGUGAGCGCACAGGCUCGCACAAACGUACGAACAAACCGUUUGUCCGAAUCGUUUCCAACAUGUGUCAUUAAAAAUAUUGGCAAGUUUGUGUGUGUGUGCGCGUAUGUGCGUGUGCGUGCGUGUGCGAGUGCGUGUGCACGUAGAUGUGCGAGAGCGUACCGUGUGUGCGUGUAUUCUACUCUCUCUUAUAUGUAUAUAUAAUAUACAUAUAUAGAGACACAUGUACCUACUUGCAUGCAAUCGGAGGCCACCGAUGCGCCUACUCAAAUGCAAGAAUCUCCGAACAUAAAAAAUUCACUGCAAAAAUCAGUGCGCACAAUUUUCUGUACAGAAAAGUCUGAUUACACAGUGUUGCUUCGAAUUAUUCUUUGUGAAUUUAAUCGUGCAUUCAGAUUUCACAAAAACAAAUCAUUUGUAGUCUGUUUUUCUAAAAUGAAUAACUGACAUCAUAAUAGCUGUCCACCCCGCUGCUAUGCCGCAAGUUAAACAGCAAAAAUGUGGUGGACAGCUAUUAUGACCUCUGCUAUUUUCCUUCGAGAAGCACAUAAUAGUGACAUUCUGCAGUUCAGUUCAAAUGAACCGUUAUUCGUCGUGAUUUAUUUGCGUGAAAGAAAUCUUGUAGAAAUUGCGUAAAACGUUUUUUCUAUGCGAAUCUACGGAUUCCACUAAAACGAAACAUAAUGUGUGCUAGCCGUCGGUAGAAAAGUAAACAAAAACAACAAAUAAUUCCUAUUCGAAACGUUUUCUUAGAUGUAUGUUUGAACUCUCCAUUAAAUUCUCGUUGUUCGACGUAAUGAUUUCGCAUCGUCUGUAAUCGGAUCGUCUAUUGUAAUGAAAAAGUAAUGAACAUCUCUCGGGAUUUGGCAAUAAUCGUUUGCAUUCGAAUUUAUAGAAGUUAAAUGGCGACAAUUCUGUGAAAGACUUGCCACGUUAGAACUAUAAUACAUUCGUUGACUUGCUACACUCGUGUUCAAUUUUAGCUACUAUCGAUUUCACAGGUUCGUGAAAACUUUAUUGCUAAUGUUUGUAAAGUGUUAUUCUUUCGAUUGGAAUCUUGAUUCAUCUAUAAAGCAUACUCUUUGCUCUGGCCACCUUUCGCACACUCUAAAAUACAUUGCAAGAUAUAGUAAGGAUCUUCUGAUCAGAUUGUGUAUCUAAUGUUUGUCUUUUCUCAUAAUUAUACGCCGAUAUGAUUCUACAAAAAAAGACAACUCUGUCGUUUCUACUAUUUCUAUUCGGUUGUUCUGUAUAAUAAACAGUCACAAUCUUUUCUACGAUAAUUUUCCAAGUCGAUUUAUUCGAGAAAAUACGAAACAGUUCAAUAUUUUAUACCAAAGUAUUAUUAAUUGGUAAGGCAUAAUUGAAAAUCGCAGUACGUAUGGUCGGACACGAAAAUAUUUGAACAAUGGAUUAACUUCGAUAUCAUAGCUCCGUAUUUCGCAUAUACAUGUACAACGAUCCAGGAAAUGUAUUACACCGUAUUAUAAUACAGCAUACCCAUACGAAAGAUGAAGGAAAUUAAUUGACUGCAUACAGCUGUUUUUAUGUAUUAAUUAAUCGAGUACGAACAGAUUUUUUUAUCAAAUUAUUUACGCGCUUCUUCUUUUUUAAAAUAUAAAUUUGGUUCUUAGAUUCACCUGCGAAUAUUUAAAUAAUCAUAAAUAAUAUAGAAAUGAACUUACUAUUUUUCAUAUGUGUAUACUGUAAUAAAAUAUAUCAUUAAUGCAUUGUUAGCGAUCGUUGUCUCUUUAUCGAGAUUAUCGAGCUAAAACUAAAAAAUGAUACUCAUGUCCAAAUAUUUUGUUAACCGACUGUAUAAGUAUACAUAUAGUAGAACGCGAUACUGAGAAUUGUGUAUCACUCACUUUUAAGAAACAUUCUCUUCGCGUAAGCGUAUACUGAACGAAAUUGUGUACAAUUUUUUUUACCAUAAAUUAUUGUAAACACCAAUACACUCCACCUAUGUUUAUAUACGUGUUUUAUAUUAACGAAGAGUAUAUAAGGCGAUGUAAGGUUACAUAACUGGACGAAGCGUAUAGAAAAAUUGUAUGUAAUGAUACUAAUAGAACCUGACAAAAUAUAUCCUAUUAUCCAUAAUAAACAAGUGUUCUAUUUUUCUCAGCUUAGAUCUAAUUUCAUUGUAAAAGUAUGCAGGAAAUUGUUUGUUUCAAAUUCCAACAAUUUGCUUUUCAAUAUUUGUGAUCUUAUAUCGUACUCCGAGAGUUGGCGCGAGAAAGAAAAUUCAAAAAUUUUAGAUAAGAACUAUCCUAACCUUAGUAUGAGCGGCUGUAAAGGCACGUAUCCAUUUCAGAGUUCCUCGCGCGAGUUGCUCUCGCGAAUACAUACAUUUUCGCAAAUUUUGUAUGCAUUUAGGAGCAGCUUUGAUACAUUUGUUCUUCUCACGCAAUUUCUUUAUCUAUAUAAUCAACUAUAAUGGUAAUAUACAUAUUAAUGCAUAUUUUGUACCGCUACGAUAUAAACACGACUCGCAGAUUGCACAGAGCUAUGUACUUUCAAAAUACAAAACGGUUUCCUAUUGGAUUUUCAGAGCAACUCGAAGCAAUUUGUAUAUGGUUUCACUCUCAGAUAGACACGCGCCUUUAAGUUAAGACGUUAAGAGUAAGAGUCCUCUGUGGUCCAAUUGAGGAAAUUAACUUUCAUAUUCAACUAUGUGCAUUGUGAGUUCUGUAUGUAAACUCUACGAUUCGAGAUUUAUUGUAUUAAAAUUUAAUUACAAACCAUUAAAUUAAAUUAUUUCUAUUUAAAAAUUUCUAUUUAUUUUUCUAUAAAAUGAAUUUUACUUGUGCUAUAUGCACUGAUUUGUUAACACCACCUGACGAUAUAUUUCGUACGCCUUGUGGGCAUAUAUUCCAUUUCACUUGCUUGUCUGAGUGGUUACGAAGAUCGCCAACUUGCCCACAAUGUAGAGAGAAGACCCCAUCACAUAAAAUACAUAGAUUAUAUUUUAAUUUCUGUAAUAAUGAUCAUAUUACAGAUGAAAUACUUUCUUUACGAGAUAAAGUUAAUAAACUAACAUGUCAACUAGCUCAGAAAGUGAAAGAUAUCAAGUAUUAUUCAGAAAAAGCUGAAACCAUAGAAAAACAAAUUCCAGGGAAGAAAAGAGAAACACAAGAUUUAUUGCAAACCAUUGAUAAAAUGAAACAGCAACUCAAUUAUAUUAGAAAACAAGCUUCAGAAACAGACAGCGUGAAAAAAACUAAUAAACAGCUAAGGAAAAAACUGGAAAUUAUACAAACUUUAAGAAAAGCAUUCCAGGAAGAUAUUGAUGACAUGGACACUGGAACAGCUGACAAUAACUUUUGUACAAUGAUGAGAAAAGAGAUAAAUAGUGUGGAUUUAAGUUCAAAUAUGAAGAGUCUGCAGCAGAAACUUUCAAAAACUACCAUGGAAAAGGAGUUUCUGUCAGAAGACACAAGUACAAAAUUUGUCACUUUAUUAUGGAAACACAACUUAAA